GAGGCUGAGGCUGUCAUCACACUCACACUCACACACUCACACACACACACACACAAACACACACACACACACUCAGUGAGCUGCAGUGAGGCUAACUGGUUAGCAUGCUUAGGACAAGAGGCUAGCCUACAGACACACACACAUAGACACACACACACUAACACACAAAGCGAUGCAGUGUCCAAAGCUUUCUAUUGGACGGUCCGGAUGUAGUCCACCCUCUGAUCGACAGACAGGUCAUUAAGGGGCGGAGCCUGCAGGUGGAGGUGAUGUCAAAGCGAGGGGCGGGGGCGCGGGGAAAGGGGGAGCGACCUGAUGCCAUGGCAACCCUUCAAGCAGCCAACGAGGAGCUAAGAGCCAAACUGACAGAUAUCCAAAUAGAACUACAACAAGAGAAAAACAAGGUGAGCCGCCUGGAGAGAGAGAAGAGCCAGGAGUUGAAGGCGGAGCAUCACCGAGCGACCGUCGCCGUGACGGAGCUGAAGACCAAACUCCACGAGGAGAAGCAGAAGGAGCUUGCCGUAACCAGGGAGACGUUACUUCGGCAACACGAGAUGGAGCUAAUGAGGGUCAUCAAGAUCAAAGACGGCGAGAUACAACGUCUGAACGGACUCGUGCUGACGCUGAGAGACGGAUCCACCGACAAGGUGCGGAGCGCUUUGCUAGCAGAGGUGGAGGAGGCAAGGCGGAGCUGGGAGGCAGAGCGCUGUCGCCUCCAGCAGGAGGGGCAGGAGCUGCGAGGAGCAAAACGGAGUGCUGAGGAAGCUCUGACAGCUGCUCAACAGGCCAGCCAGGCCAGAGCAGCCGAGCUCCGAUCUGCUCAUCACCAACACCAGGAGGAGCUGAACCGAACCAAGAGAGACUGUGAGAGAGAGAUACGCCGACUGAUGGAUGAGAUAAAGCUGAAGGACAGAGCGGUCAGUGUUUUGGAUAAAGCCCUCGGCCUUCAGGCUGGCCACGCCCACCGCCUCCAGCUGCAGACUCAGGCUGCAGAGCAGCAAAUCGCAGUCCUGAGAGAUGCCCAGAGGGCGGGGCUUACCCCUCCUGGCCAAGGCCCUAACCCCGCCCCUAACACUUCUGCUCACAUUACUCAGGAGGAUCGGGACACUCGCAGGUUUCAGCUGAAGAUCGCUGAGCUCAGUUCGGUCGUCAGGAAGUUGGAGGAUCGAAACGCUCUGCUGUCUGAAGAACGCAACGAGCUGCUGAAGCGCCUGCGGGAGGCGGAGUCCCAGUUUCUUCCUCUCCUCGAUAAAAACAAGCGCCUGAGCCGGAAGAACGAGGAGCUCGCUCUCGCUCUGCGUCGCCUCGACAACAAGCUCCGCUUCGUCACCCAGGAGAACAUGGAGAUGGUAACUAUGAGGAGGCCGAGCUCUCUGAACGACCUGGAUCGCAGCCACUCCUCCAGUUACCAUGGUUACAGCCAGGACGACAGCGAGAUGGAGUUUCUGCGCUUACAAGUCCUGGAGCAGCAACACAUCAUCGAAGACCUUUCCAAGGCUCUUGAGACGGCCGGUUAUGUGAAGAAUGUUAUUGAGAGAGACAUGUUGUUGAGAUACAGACGGCAGGACUCUGUGAGGAGGAAACGAACCAUCAGAGCCUGCAGGGUUAUUGAGACGUUCUAUGGUUAUGAUGAGGAAGCCUCGAUGGACUCUGAUGGAUCGUCUCUUUCAUUUCACACGGACAGAACUCCAGAUACUGAACCGGAGGAGGUGUGUGUGCGUGAGGACGGGGAGCUCCGUUACCGCCAGUUGACUCAGGAGUAUCAGGCACUGCAGCGAGCGUACGCCCUGCUGACGGAGACGAGCGGAGGGAACUACGACCCCGAGAAGGAGAUCAAAACCAGAGAGCAGCUGCUGAGUGAAAUCAGUCGAUAUGAGUGCAGAGUUGUAGAUUUGGAGUCAGCUCUGAAACAACAAGGACUGGAUGUGAAGUGGGUGGAGGAGAAGCAGGCGCUGUAUCAGAGGAAUCAGGAGCUGGUGGAGAAGGUGCGUCAGAUGGAAGGUGAAGACCUGCGUCUGAAAAAUGACAUUCAGGAUGUCAGAGAUCAGAACGAGCUGCUGGAGUUUCGUAUUUUAGAGCUUGAGGAGAGGGAGAGACGCUCACCUGCCAUUAGCUUCAAUCAUUACCUUUUCCCAGAAGGCCUCAGUCCUCUGCAGAUCUACUGCGAGGCCGAGGGAGUCACUGAGAUUGUGAUCAGUGAGCUGAUGAAGAAGCUCGACAUUCUGGGAGAUAACGCCGUAAGUAAUCUGUCCAAUGAGGAGCAGGUGGUGGUGAUUCAUGCCAGAACUGUGCUCACUCUGGCAGAGAAGUGGUUGGAGUCCAUCGAGGUGACCAAAUCGGCUCUGCAGCAGAAGAUGUUGGACAUCGAGAGUGAGAAGGACCGCUUCAGUAAACAGAAGGGUUACCUGGACGAGGAGCUGGACUAUAGGAAGCAGUCGAUGGAUCAGGCACACAAGAGGAUCCUGGAGCUGGAGGCCAUGCUGUUUGAAGCUCUGCAGCAGGAGGAGGGGCUUAAGAUGGAGGAGGGUCGUCUGUCGGAAACGCUGACGGAGGAUGAGAGGGAGGGGCUUAGGAGAGCAAUGGACCAAUGGAAACGAACGUUGAUGUUUGAGCUGAGAGAGAGAGACGCCCAGAUCCUCCGAGAGAGGAUGGACCUACUGCAACUCAUGCAACAGAGGAACAAGGACCUGGAGGAGUUUAUUGAAGCACAGAAGCGACAGAUUAAAGAGCUGGAGGAGAAGUUUCUGUUCCUGUUUUUAUUUUUCUCUUUGGCAUUCAUCCUGUGGUCCUAACAACAGCAGAGUCCACAGGCCUCCACAGUCCAGCGGCUGAAAUCCCGGCGCUCCGGCUCCUUCAGGAUCAGACCAAAGGAUCACAGGACUUAGAAGGUUUCAGGGUUAAAAAAACCAGCAGCGGACUGACCUAUGACCCACCUCUGGCUGCCUUCGGCCGACUCUGGAAGUUCACCGUCACAGAAGUAGAAUGAAGACCAGAGAGUGGUUUCCAUGGCAACACAACAGAUGACCGUUGUCUUUGAGAGAAGCGAAGACUGUACCUUGGUACCAUGCUAACUAGCCCGUUAGCUACUUUUAGCUGCUCCUGAGAUGUAGCCGACAAACACGUCGUGGCCUGCUGGGCUAAAAUGGUGCUAACUUCACACAGCGUCAGCUCGGCUAGCUUGUGUUUUAUCAAUGCUAGCUAAGUUAGCUGAGUUUGCACAGUCGACUCCGCUGGUGGACUUCAGUGUUGAAGCGGUGUAAAUGGAUAAACUGACUCGUUUGAGCUGGAGGGACAGUUUGGUUGAAACAUCAGAAUCUGGUUUUCUCCUUCUUGUCUGCUCGGGGAUAAGUUCAGAUCAAUUUAACUUAAAUCCGAUUGGCUGUAGAGAGCUCCAGCUGUACUCAUGGACCUACGGUUACCAUUAGUAACCACGAUGUAACUGAAUCAUCCCGGGGACCAAAAAGUGACCAAGGGCCGAUGUCUUCAUUAGGAGGUGUGAUGGAGGUCAGAGGUCAGAGCUGCUACAAGAAAAGGCACCGUCGAGACAAAGCAUGAAGUUUGAUUUUAAAAAGUCUGAAACUGUUUUAAACCCGGUUCAGUUUUUUUUUUACCUGGUUUAUUUCUUAACCUGGUUUUACUAUCCCGUGACCUAAACUGGAGCAGAUCAGAACGAGGAGAGAUUUCACAGGAAGGUUCGUCAGCAACAAAACAAAACCUUUACAUAUAUUAUAUCAUAGUAUAUUAUAUUAUAUUAUAUUAUAUGAGCACUCUUUAUUGUCCUCACUGGAGUGGAUAAGAGUAAAUGUGGAGUAAAGAGAAAGUGUUUGAUUUUGUCUGUGUGGAUUUCUUUCCCUGUCGGUGUUAAAACUGAAGCAGCUUCAGAAAAACCCGAUGAAUCCGUUGACGUUUUAAAAACUGUUGUUAUUUUAUUAUUCAGAUGAUAUUUUUCUAUCUGCUGCGAGUCUGUGUCAGUGAACAUCUGAAGAGUCGACACUUCGAUUACAGAUUAAAAAUGGUGGAAAUGA